AUGCCUGCACUUGCAAACAUCCCUUUUCGCUGGAUGAUCCGCGAGUUGUACGAGGCGGACAUGAGAUAUUCUCUUAAUGUUCAUUGGCGACCUGUCCGACUGGCUCACUAUGGCAUCCUAUUACCCAACGACGGUGGUGACAUCGUGGUCCCAGACACAGCCACUCCACGUGAUGAUUGGGGGCAACCUCCAGACGUCAGGGAAUUCAAACCGAGUGAUGCUGAUGUAGAAAUACAAAAUAAGCACCCUCUGCGAGCAAAAUUCCUCCAGUACCAAGAGUUCAAGUCUGGCGUCAUAUAUGACCUAGACUUUGUCGAGAAGGAUUUGGCUGCACCAGCGCAUGAUGGGAUGUGGAAGUGGGAUGAAUUUGGUGGCAUCAUAUCCAUGCUCUUCUGGUGGGUCCUUGAGUUGACACCUAAGAUAACCUUUGUGCAGAACAAGCACACGGGGUUGUGGGAGUUGAGGCUUCGCUUCAAUUUUUUCCGGCCGCGCUGCAUUCCUCGAGGUGUAACACCAGGUGAAGACCGAGGUGAUCCCCCAGACACUUGGGUGCAGUUCUUGAAGGCUCGCUCAAAGCCGCAUUACCACUGGUCUGUCCGUGAGCGUAUGAAAAUCAAACAUGGCUACCACCCUAGGCCCUGGGGCCAUAAUGAAAAUGUCGAUGAAACGUGGAUUGAAGUUUAUUAG